AUGGUCCAUUCGUUCGGCAACAGCUACGGUGACCCGUCCAUCGGUUCUUAUACACCGCCGGAAUGCUCUUUCAACCAUGUCACGCUGAAUCUCACCGUUGAAGCCGCUGGAAGACAAUUUGAUCGCCUGGCGGUGGCUUAUCUAGGGGAUGUCGAAAUCUGGCGAACCAGUACAGCUGAACCUACACAUGCUGGCAUUAUCUGGACGCACCUGAAGGACGUGUCUCAUCUCCUGUCUCUUUUCGUCAAGCCUCAACAGCUGGUCUUUGACCUUGGCAACCUCAUAAACGAGAAUUACACUUCUCCGUUCAAUGUGACCUUGGAGGCGACGUUCUUUCAAUCGGUUACCACAGUAGAUCCCGCAGAUAUUAUUGUUCCGGUACCAAACAAGCGAAGCGCGGUUACUUUUGAGAAUCCUUCACACUAUCCCCACGUUACAGUGGGAGACAGCAUCGUGCUGCCGCGAAAUGUGGAACGUGCAGUGUUCACAGUUGCUGCCACUGGGCAGAUGGACGAAGAGUUCUGGUACUCCAACGUCUUCUCCUCGAACACCCUUACGUUUGGGCCAGACCCCCUUCCCAGUCACGCGCCAUUCCGGGAAAUCCAGCUCCUGAUCGACGGGCAAUUGGCGGGUGUUGUGUGGCCAUUUCCAGUAGUCUUCACUGGUGGCGUUGUGCCCGGCUUAUGGAGACCCAUUGUGGGUAUUGACACAUUCGACAUUCCCGAAAAUGAAAUUGAUAUGACACCUUGGCUGCCCCUGCUGUGUGAUGGCGAAAGCCACGCUUUCGAAAUCAGGGUGGUCGGCAUCGAUGACGACGGGCAAGGCAAGAGUCAGCUCUCUCAGACUGUGGGCAGCUAUUGGGUCAUUACAGGGAAGAUAUUCAUCUGGCUCGACCACGCUGGAUCGAUCACUACUGGAACAGUCCCUACCCUCGCUGCGCCUGUACCUUCCCUGAAGCUCUUCGCUGAGGUCGGUCUAGAUUCAAAUGGCACCAACCAAACGCUGACGAAUGUCAUCGACGUAACUCGCAACUUGAGCGUCUUAUCACAAGUGGAGACUUCCAAAGGCAUCAAAACAGUUUCGUGGCGGCAAUCACUUACAUAUUCCAAUUGGGACUAUAUAUCCGACUACGGUGUCACGCAAACGACGGUACAGCAUACCAAUGGCAGCGCAGUGUCGUCAAGUGGUUACUCUCAAACCUUCAGCUACCCACUUUUCGUGAAUAGCACCGCUGUCCAGGAUAAAGUGGCUCAUACGCUUUUCAUCUCCGCCGCUAUCGAACGCGGACAAGACAUCGAAGUCUACGGUCAGCCGGUAUUUCCUACUGGCCUAGAGCCGUUCAAUGACUCCGUUGAGUAUCUUUCGGGGGAUCCCCAACGCCAUCGAGCGUUCGUGGGCAGUCGCUUGAGCACGACUCAGAAUGGAACCGCCCUUUACUUCAGACACGAGAAUGUUUCUAUUAGUCCUGGGACAACACAGCAGGAUCUUGCCUUCUACGGCAUUCCAGCUUGUGAUCCGAAAGCAGGACCAUCAAGACAUGUAGAACUUUACCGUCGGCAUGUAGUUGCUGUCAACGAUACGCUUGUUGAAGACCAGAGGACUGUCCACGGCAGCAAGGCAAAUGUGCAGCUUUUGGCUAAGUCAAUUAGACAAGGACCGUAG